UUGCAAAAUAGAACGAGGGAAGUACCAUUUUAUUUAUACAGUAUAAAUAAAUUUUAUUUAUUCUUCAGUGAUAAGUAUAUCGGAGAUAUGGCUGAACUUGUUGUAGUCCGCGUGUCUUUGCAGUUAGCUUGGAGUUUACUUUCCAAUAAACUUAUAAAGCGUCUAAAUACAGGAGUUCCCUCAGAUGAAGCCCUGCGAAAACUGCUCUUGGAUAAAUUUCAAAGACUACAUGAGGAGUUGAACUCUUUAAGAAGAAAAGAAUUGGUUGCUGCUGUCUCGUUUAUGGAAAAUGGUUAUGAAUUGUUUCUUAAAGAUCCCGUGGAGGCCAAAAAAGAAUUCACAAAAGCUCGUGAUGCCGCGCAAAUGGCCUUUGGUGUUGUGGCAGAAACGAGCGAUAAAUUACUAGCCACAAAAAUAUUGAUAGCAUCAGCUAUGCAUGAAUUUGAAGAUAAAAUUGAUACAGCCAUCUCGCUUUGUUUGAAGUAUGUGUCCAGAUUGAAUGGCCUACCAGAAGUUGUAGAUGUUUGCAAUACAUACUCAAAGAAAGGAGUUGGUAGUCGUUUAGGGGCAAUAGGAUCCUCAAAGAAGCUGGAUCUACUGAAAGGGUUAUCAGAAAUCAAUCGCAACGUUUGGGAGUAUGUGAAACAAAAUGAUCCAGAGUUUGAUGACACCAAAUGGCCUAGUGUACAAUGUUCUAAUACGAUUUUGCAGCCAGUAUUUGGGUUGUUGCCUUUGCGAGAUUGCCAAGAGUUAACCAAAGAUAGUCCAGAUAUGGGCACACCUGUGGCAAUGGCAGUGUGUGGAAAGAAUUUGUUCAUUUCUUGCACCAGUCCAAAUGAUCAGACUGACAAUGCAAAUUCCAUUGAAGUAAUUAAUUUAGAUUCCAGUGAGGUUAAUAUGUUAUCUGGUCAUUCUGCUGUUGUAUUAGCAUUAGUUGCAGUUGGCAAGAGAGUAUUUUCAGGAUCAUAUGAUAGGUCAAUCUUGGCCUGGGAAGGAUUUAGUUUGAGUUUAAUUCAAAAAGUAGGGGAACAUAAUGGUGCUGUUCGAAGCCUGGCUGCAAGCAAAAGUAUGUUAUUUUCAGCAGGUUCUGAUAGGGUUAUUAAAUGUUGGGAUUUGGCAACACUUGGCUGUGUCAAGGAGCUGAAUGGUCAUGAAUUUCCAAUAUCUCAUGUGGAAUUUCAGCACCAUCUCUUCUCGUAUGCUCCAGGUGAGGGAAUUCGGAUUUGGAAUGUUCAGAAAUGGAGUGUGAUCAGUGUGAUUCCUGAUUUGGGCAAUGUUACUUCUUUACAAUGUUCUAUUCAGUCUAAAUUGUUUGUCCACUGUGGAAUGGAUGUUAAGUUGUUCAACCUUGGAAGCGGUAAAGAAGAAACAACUCUGAAGAAUAUUGGCAAGGUUUCACUGCGAUUCCCAGGGCGGAAAGUAAUUGGUUUCUCUGGGGAAAACAUGUAUCUUUAUGAUCUUGAAUCAUCCAAAUACCUUUUAAAUCAGGCUCUCAAAAUUGAAAAGAGUAUUGAUAUUUCAUUGGUGCAUUUUAAUUAUGACUUAGGUUUGUUGUUCCUUGGUGGAGUAAUGAAAAAUACCAAGGAGGGAAUUGUUUUGUGUCUUUAACAUUUCAUAAGUAAUGUCUGAAUAUAAUCAUGAUCUAAGACUUAGAAUUUAUAACAAUAUGCAUAUUCUGAUUAUGGAGUGUUACAAUUUCAAUUUCAUCGCUGUAACAAACAUGUCAUUUCCACUUGAUUUAUCAUUAAAUCUAAGGUUACAUUGUCUCUUA